UGAACAUAUUAGAACAUAUAUUUUAUAUUUUCGAAAAAGUUGCAAGGAUGGCUUUCAAUUGGAAUCGAUUGUUUUGUUUUGUGAUUCAUCUUUCGUUGGUGAUGAGUUUGAAUGUUUCAGAUGAUGCACCAAUUACAUAUGCUGUGCUGUACAGUAACUUCAAACAUUUCUCGCAAGGUUGGGGGGAAGUUGAAUAUAGAGACUAUUCAAAAUCAUAUGCAGUGGUUGAUUAUUCUCAUUACGCGAAUAAUUUUGAUGAAUUUAGAGAAAAAUAUCCGUUUUUAACAAUCGAAACAACUGGUAAAGCUGAAUCUGAAUCAACUUUUGGGAAUCCAGGCAGAGGAAAGUUUGGCACAUUGACCUUCGAUACGAGAAAGUUUGACAGUAGUGAAUAUCAUAAUGAGAUUUUGGUUGUUGCGCAUGAUUCUAAAUUGAGUUCGUAUGGUGUUCGAGUCGAGAUCGGCAUUGGAUUUAAAAAAAAUGACAACGAAUUAUAUUUAAGACCAUUUAUUCAUGGAUAUUUUUAUAGCUGGUUUUAUAGUUUUAUGGUGGAGUUGAAAGAACUCUAGAUUUCGGUCUUGGUGUUACGAAUAUCACAUUUCAUCCUUCAAAAAUCGAAUAUGUAUUUGUCGAAUUGAAGAACUCUUUAUAACAAAAACGGAGUUCCUCUAAUUUUUCGAUACCUUCGACUUCAAUUCA